GCCAACGUUUCUGACUGUUAUUUUCUUAUUUCUCAUCCUCAUAACGGCUUUCUUGACUUUCGGCGCAACUGUGGUCCUCAUGUUGACAAACGCCAAUAACAGACUCCAAAGGCAAUCAAAACCCUAGAAUCAACCCUAGAUACUGAAGCUCUCUUAUACCUGCAGGAAGGAAGCAAUUUAACAAACCUGACUAAUCAUAAACACCUGUGAACCCACUUGUCCUAAACAGUAUGGUGCCAUGAACUGAGGGGACUGUUUAUAAAAAGUGUGGUAAUUUUUACAUGGUGAAACCAAAAUGUAUAAAAAUACCCUUUAAUACUAGCUGAAAAUUUGCAGAUUAACCACAUAUGAAUGGCAUAAUUACAAAUUCAAUAUAAUUGAGUACAGAGCUAAAUCAGGAAAAGAUAUGCCUUUGUACAAAACAUUAUGGAGCUCUGUAUAUUACUGAACUGUAAAAGUUUAACUAAUCUAUUUGAUGUCAAGGCUUUACACUCUUGGAUGUUUUUUAACUACAGUAUGUUCAAAGUAUAUAAGAUUCCCUAAAUUUUGUCACCUGUUUCUGUGAUAUUGCUGUGCUGAUGGUCACUGAUGAAUUUAAAGUUUUAUAAAUCUGAAUUCACCCUCCACAUGGAGGCUACAAGUGAAGCCAGCCAAAACUGGGAAUUUCACUUUGUUGAAAAAGAAAUGAAUGUGGAUAAAACAUUUUAAAAAAUAAAAUGGGGACAACACAAUUGCAGGAAUGUAUUUAAGGGAACAACUGUAUCCUACCCAGUGUAUAAGCACUUCGAAAGCUUCACAUCCCCUGUUAAAAUCUGAAUUGCAAUCUGAUUUAAAAGUGAAACAAACUGAUUGAAUAAAUUUGUAAUUAUAACUAACUGUGGGGAUAAAGACAGACAAGAUAAAGAGUAAUAAACUGAAAGAAGCUAUGGAUUUCUGGAUUACAAAAUUGUUAAUAAUAUUGUCAUGUUCAUUCUUCAAAAAUCAAAUUAUUUUUAUUCUAAAUUUUAAGAUUAAUAAAAACAAAAUUGGCAUAAUUAUUUUUAUAUUUAGAUGACAGUGUAGAUUAAAAUGUUUUGGAGUGAUAUCAACCUUUAUCUGUGGAAACGUAUUAUUCUAUUCUAACUUUCAAACUAUGUACUGCACCCUAAAAUGUCACUUCAAGUGUAAAUAUAAACUAAACAUGCCUCUGUGUUCAGCAAGGCAAUGAAUAAAUUUAUAAAUAAAUCUAUAAAUUAUAGAAAGAAUCUAUCAUUUUUGAGAGUAGACUGCUUAUUUAAGCUUUUAAUUUAGAAACUGAUACACAUCACAAUAAUUCCAGUAUCUACUUUCGUAAGUAGACUGCCUAUUUAAGCUUUUAAUUUAAAAACUUAUACAGAUCACAAUAAUUCCAGUAUCUACUUUCAUAAGCGGUCACAUAUCAUGUUUGGUUUUAGGUUUAAGAUUAAGCCAUUUAACAUAAUGUUGCAUAAUUUCAGUGAUACGCAUUUCAACAGGCCUUUCUUGACAAUGGAGUUAACUCAAUACACAGCCACAUUUUGCCGGCUUUCUCCACGAGAUUCUGGGCAGUGUGCACUGACUACAUAAAAGCCUGAGCAAAGAAGGCGGAGCGACGGUUUGCUGCUGUUUAUUGUGCAGUUAAUAAAGUUAAUCAAGUCAGCGCAGAGUCCACAUGAGAGAGCACACUUUAGUACAUCCCCAGCUCUUGGUCUCCACCAAUCAUGGCACAGAGUUCCCCAGACACACAAGUCACAGAGCACUGCCUGACAGGCUCUGGGGUGGUUGAACUGUGACUGACUGUGAUACGUGUUUGCUGAGCCUGAACAUAUACACACUAUUACACGUACAUGCACAUGCAGAUUUGUAAACACUGUCACACAUAAACAUGCCUAGACAUAAACAGAUCACUUUCACUCACAAAAAGAUAAGCAAACAAUAAGCUUAUGGCAAAACAUCUUGUGAGCUUAUUAAAUGUCAAUGUUAUAUGUACAGAUGCUUUCUUAUAUAAACAGAAACAUAUAGUAUAAAAAUGCCCUUUGUUACAUUCCAGAGUAUGGUUUUUUUUGCUUGUCAGUAAACUUUGUUUGAUUGUGCAAUACUGACAAUUGUGUAAGUUUGGUAUCUGUGCUUCAGUGUAUAGCUACCUUUAACUGUGUGUUGAAGUCAAUGUCCGCCAGUGAGUAUUUGUGUAUAUAACAUGCGCAUGUCGCAUGGGGUGUGUCUGUUUAUCACUCUUAUCCUCUGUCUACAGGGAGAGACAGAUAGGAGGAGGAAUGGAGGAGAAAGAAAAAAUUGAAUGGCAAUGAGCUCCAAACAGUUUCAUCACCCUGAUUUACAGGAAACAUGCCUUCACUCAAAAAGACAAAUAAUUGCAUCACUCCUUGCUUCGUAAAUCUGUUAAUCAUAAUAUCAAUGCCGGGAAAUUCCCAGCAGGAUCCAAAAUGGCAUCCAAUGGAAUCAUUACACCCCUCCUCCCCCUUUAAUCUGAACACUCAUGAAGUAAUGUUUUAACUAGCAUGUCGUAGCCCUCUUUAGGUUCCAGUCAUUAAGCUGAAAAUGGCAUUUUCAUACAACAUUGUCUCCAAAACCAUCUGGCAAAUGCAAGUGUUUUUUAAUAUCUACAAGCUGUGAGAGCUGUUCUUACUUUUUGCCUGUCUCAUGUCAACUUUUAUAUUUCUUUGGAACCACAAAUUAUUGAUCAAAAUAUGUUUCUGGGCUGUGAAUUAUUAUCUUAAGAGCAGGGAUAGAAAGCCAUAUUUCAAAAAGGCAGAAUAUCAGAACAGAACCAUGGGUGGGUGAUUAUGCAAGUGAAAUAGGAUAUUUACUUGUCUGUUUUUGUCCUAAUGGUCUUGUUUUGUUGCAUUGAGGCAACACAACAGAUCAAACAAAACAUUACAUAUUGAAUUAAGGGGAUUGUUAGAAUAUUUGUCUUUGCCUUCGCAAUGAAUAUCCAUUUGAUGUAUAUUUUCAUCAAUCUAAACUUUCUUUUGGUUAUGUUCAUAUUCCAAUAUUUUUAAAUUAAAGUCAUGAAGUUUAUAAUUUCAGAGAAGAACCCAAGUACCGCUCAUCAGUGGAUCCCUAGAGUGUCAGACAUUUAAGGAAGACCUUUAAGAGGCAUGGAUGCUAUUCAGACAUUUCUAAAAGGGCGCCCACCCUCGUCGUCCCAUCAGCCCCGCUUCAUAUUCCGGCAGCGGGCCAAAAGAAGCGGCCUCGGUGAAGAGCACGAAGAAGAGAGGGGCGAGGAAUCGCAAGCAGAGAUGACACCCGUUCAUCCAGAGUCAGCAGAGGACCUGAACUCAAGCCUAAGCGGUGACGUCACUGCCCUGGUCUUACACAAACCAAUCAGUCGCAGGAAAGCCGUGUUCUACCUCACACUCUUCUCACUCCUCAUCUUUACCACAGCAUUCCUGCUAGGCUACGUGGUGUUCCGCGCAUUGUGCCACUACUGCGGGGAAACGGACAUGGAGCUGGGGCCAGUGGAUGACACAUGCAGCUCACAUUAUGAUGCCUCGGAGAGCAUGAUGGACCUCGGGGAGCUGAAGGACAUGCUGAGAAAAUACCUGAAAGAGGAGCAGAUUGAGAGCACGGUCAGACGUAUGAGCAGGUCGACCCAUCCGCCAGGGUCCUCAGAGGGGAACACGCUCGCCAGAGAGAUCCUGCAGAAAUUUCGUCAGCUGCGCAUGGACCACACUUGGACAGACUCACACUACGCUACUCUACAGUUCCCAUCCAGGACCCAGAGAAACUCUCUGUGGAUAGUUGAUGCCAAUGACGAGAUACUGGAGGAGAUCCCAUUGGGGAGUCCCCUGGAUUACUGUGCUUACAGUGGAAUUGGCACAGCCACGGGCGGUGUGGUGUACGUGAAUUAUGGACGGCAGGAGGACUUUGACCUGCUGCGCUCCCUGGGUGUGUCCAUAGGGGGUGCCAUCGCAGUGGCGCGAGUCGGAGGAGGCAUGAGCUUUGCGGAAAAGGUGUGGCAUGCCCAACGUGCAGGGUUAGGAGGGGUGCUGAUUUACCCCGACCCAGCUGAUAUUCCCCAAGAUCCCCGCAGGCUGGGCCUCUACAGCAGCGCAACCAUCUCUGAGCACGUACACCUGGGUUCAGGUGACCCUUUUACUCCUGGCUUCCCCUCCUUUAACCACGCCCAGUUCCCACCAACACAGUCCUCAGGCCUGCCACUCAUUCCAGUACAACCAAUCAGUGCCAACGUAGCCUCGAAACUGUUGAGUCAGCUGACGGGCCCGGAGUGCCCGCGGAGUUGGCAGGGCCGACUGCCGUACGUCCGCUGCGCACUGGGGCCGGAGUUCAGCUCGGGCGAGGGUCGCAGGGUGAGGAUGGGCGUCUACAACAACAUGACGCCCGUGCUGCUUAAUAACAUCUUCGCCUCUAUUGAGGGCAAGAUUGAGCCGGAUCAGUACAUAAUCAUAGGUGCCCAGCGAGACUCCUGGGGACCUGGAGCUGUGAAGGCGGGAGUGGGCACUGCCAUCCUGCUUGAGCUGGCCCGUACCUUCAGCACAAUGGUGGAAAAUGGAUUCUACCCCAGAAGAAGUUUGCUGUUUGUCAGCUGGGAUGCGGGGGACUUUGGCAGUGUGGGCGCCACUGAGUGGCUGGAGGGUUAUCUCACAAUGCUGCACCUUAAGGCUGUGGCCUAUUUCAGUUUGGACAGGGCUAUUCUGGGUGAUGACAACCUCCAUGCUUUCACCAGCCCACUGCUGGCAGAUCUCAUCGAGGGAGUCAUAAAACAGGUAGAGCACCCAAAGCACGUGGGUCGGACCAUCUAUUCACACACAGAGAGCCUGGGCGGAAACUGGAAAAGCCAGAUAGUGAAGCCACUGUAUCUGAAUAGCGGCGCCUACAGUUUCACGGCCUUUGGGGGAGUGCCAGCCAUGGAACUUCGCUUUACUAAGGACAGCCGCCCGUACCCCUUUGUGAACACGCAGUUCGACACCGCCGACCACUUGCAGGAGAUGCUGCAGGGGCGCCUGGGGGCGCUGGGGCGCAGUUUGGGGGAGCUGGUGGGGCUAAUGGUGCUGCGGCUGGCCCAUGAUCUCAUCCUGCCCCUGGACAUCACCUGCUACAGCAGCACGGCCCUGCACUUCAGCACUCAGCUGAACAAGUACUCCAGUGAGCUGAAGGCCAGAGGUCUCUCUCCGCAGUGGGUCAUCAGUGCUCGUGGGGAUUACAGCCGUGCAGCCGAAUCGCUGCGCGAGGCCAUACUGAACAGCGACAUCAGCGAGGAGAGAGUGACUCGGCUCUACAACACGCGCAUCAUGCGGGUGGAAUAUUACCUCCUGUCCCAGUACGUGUCGCCGGUGGAGACGCCGUUUCGGCACGUGCUGCACGGCCGCGGGGAGCACACGCUCGCCGCCCUCUCCGAGCACCUGUCCCUGCUGCGCUCCAACCCGCGCCUCUUCGACGAGGCGCGCUUCCGCCGGCAGCUGGCCCUCCUCACCUGGACGCUGCAGGGAGCCGCGAACGCCCUGAGCGGGGACGUGUGGAACAUCGACAACUCCUUCUAGAUCCGCGCGCCGCCGCGAGCCGCGGUCACGCUACUGCGGCUGACGGCUGGCCUCUUUACUCCCUUUACCGAUCGUCCAUUCGCCAGGCAAAGCUACUGUAGAUUUUCAGUAGGUCAGUUAAAAACACGAAUCUCUAGUGCAGAGGCAAUGAUUCCCACAUACAGAUGUACUGUAUGUGAGAGCCGUUGCCUAACUAGCGCACGGCGUCACUUGUAAAGGGAUUUAUAAACGUUCUUUAUUGUGCAGAGUUUGAAGAGCACAAAGGGUUUUUCGGCAGUAUAUUUCAGAAAAGUUUCACCACUGUUGCAAUGAACAAGUUAGUGUUACGUUUGAAUUUAUAUAUUUUUUAAAAAUAUUUAACAACUACACCCAGGGAAAGAGUUUGGGUAGAGCAAAAAUUGAGUUGGUUUGUACGAGCCCAAACAGCCGCCAUGACCCCUUCCCCUAGCACCUAGCUCCUAGCGCUUCCUUCAGUCUUGCUAGUACACAUAAAUUUGCCAUAUUUCAAUGUGCCCCAAAGCUUGGUUGGGGUCCAUUCCAUUGUAGUGGCAGAGUACUUUAGGCCCUCAUAUGCCUCUAUUUGGUUAACAUUUGAUUGAUUAUGCAGGCCUUGGACUGAAGGGCAGUCCCACAGUUCUUUGCAUGAGAUGAGACACUGGUACAUUAGUUACAUGCAGUCAGAAGCAAGCCUGACCAAAUCAAGGCAAAACCAGGAGAUUAUAUGUGCAAGAAUGUGUCCCAAAUCUAAUAGAAGUACCUUAUUAGCCCUUUUUAUAAACCCUCCUCUGAAUUGCCCUUCAUAUGAUGCCAUAAACGCAUCACACUAAAGAACACUGACAGUGGAGAAGGGGUCUAGAACAGGACUACUCAAUCCUGGUCCAGGAGGCCUGAAGAGUAUGCUGGCUUUCACUGUUUCUCAGCACUUGAUUGAUCAGUUAAAGCACCUGAUUAAACAUUUCACUUGACUCAUCUGGUUUGUUCGGUCUGAACUACAGUAGUUCAGGAUUUUAUGGUGAAAGUAAAAACCAGGACACCCAGUGUUGAAUAGCUCUGCUCUACUCAAGGAGGCAGUGUUUCAUUUGACUGUCCAACCAAGCACAUUCCCUGGGUUAUUUUUUCCAUUGAGAAAAACCCCGGGUGCACUUCAUGAUGGAAAACACAGCAAACCACAAGCUAUUCAAAAGCAGCUGCUGUAUGUUUCUGUUUAAAACGUUUUGUGUUGUCCUGAAUUUGCUUUGAGGAUAGACAAGAUGGCUAAUCAUUGACAUGACAUGACAUGGAACUCCCACUCGCUUUGUCUGGGGAAUUGACUGAUAGGCUGUCUUUGUGACUUAUUUGCUGUCUCACCUCUAGCUGUCUCUCCCACUGUGGGUUAGUGUUGAAUAUACAGUGUAUAUUGCAUUGUAUUCUGUUUCAAGUCUUUGAAUGUAAAGGCCUUUGUCCUUCUCUCUGCUUUAUCUGGCAAGAGCAGCAGCACUUUCCUUUUGAAAGUGCUUUCUUAAUUAAGCUAAUUUUCAGUAACAGUGAUUGAUACUAAAUUUUUUUUAUUGCCAAGUGAUAAUAACCUUGUUACCAAUGUAGGCAAUAAUUAUCGGGAGCAGUGCCUCCCAUAAUUAUGACAGUCAUACUGUCGUCCAAUCAAAAAGCAGCAUCUGCUAUUAAUCAGUCCAUGAUGUCAGGGAAGCUCAGAGAGCAGGUAGUCAUAGAAAUACAUUGGGGAUAAAAGCCAUUGCCAAGCCACCAGCCAGUCACCAAAGCCAAUGUGUAUAUUCUGUGUUUUUUCACAAACAUGGCUUGCUCUGUAUAUAUUUUGGCUUAUUAUAUUAAUGAACAGCUUCCAGUGGUCCAUCACACUUAAUGGUAAUGUGUGCCCCCUGCUGGCAUGGAGGAUUGCAGUCAUCCUGCAGUUUUUGUAAUGUCGUUCUUCUCCACUUCUAUCUUAUUUCCAGUGUCCUUUGACCCCUGACCUCUAUCUACCCUCUGACAUCACUGGGCACUGCCUUGCCAGUGUUAUUGGAAGCCAGUAGCACAUUUACAACUUUUCCCUUAAGAUCAGAGCACUGUAUUAUCGGGAACAGUGAUUCCCAUAAUUUAUUACCUCUUCAUUUUAUUGUAUUAUUGUGAUUCAAUCGUGAAUUAUUGAGAAUUUCAGGUGUUGUUUAUGUAAUAUUGUCAAUGUUAUGAUUAGUAUAGCAUAGUUCUAUGAGUGGGCUAUUUGACAGAGAAUUUUGUUGUUGGGGAGAAUUAAUAUGGGUGCAAGGAACACUUUAUACUUCGUCUCAGUGAUGUCCUUACAUGCUAUAGAAUUAUAAACUAGAUAAAAUCUAAAAACUUUCAUCCCACCUUCUUACCACACAUCUACUGUCAAUAGUGAACAGUUGCAAAAUGGAAUUAUUUGCAAAAUUUAAUUAUCUUUUCAUUUGUGCGUAACUCUAGCUGUAAAAUCAUGGUAGUUCAUAUUUAUUUUAUUUUUUUACAUCUAAAUAACUGGAUUUAAAACAAUUUGGAGCUUGGAACCGUUUCAUUUUAUGGUUCUAACUCAGUCGUCAUUCAGAAUGUAGUGAUGUGGAAGAUUCAUUAUCUUUAGAUGUAGUGUGCCCCCUACAUCAUUAGAAUGAAAUAAUGCCCUGAAUUGCCAUCCUGAAAGGGGAAUGAAAAUGUGGUGGGAACACGGAGGCUUCACAAACCCAUUUGUGGGUGUAAUUUUCACAUUCACAUUAAUAAUUCAUUGCAUUCAUCUUUGCAUUAUCAAUUGAUCUGAACCAAUCAAGAUAGUUUUCCGUCACCUUCGGAACACUCAGAUCCGUGAAUUGCUGACAGCUCAUGCUCAACCUAGCCUUUGUGGAGAUUGUACCCAAAAUGCACAAGUGAGUACUUCACAAGUGUAGUUUUUGUUUCACCUCAUCUCUCUUUGGACUUCAUUCUAUCCCACGUCUCAUUUGUUUGUCGAUUCUUUUAAUCUUUCAUUCUCUGAUUACUUCACAAUAUUUAUAUUGAUUGCUUUCCACCACAUUUUUCUCUGUCGCUAGUUAUCGAUUUCCUCGGUUUUCCCUGCUAUCCCCAACUAAUUUCUGUCCAAGUUGGAUGGGUGGGGACUUGAGGAUGUAUCAAACUACAUACAUGUUUGGAGUACAUUGUGAUUAUGUUUGAUUUUAUUUUAAGAGUGUUUCUACAUGAUUACCUUUAAAACGUUCCUGAUGUUUUCAGUGUACUGAUGUGCUGCUCUUCAAAACCCCUUCCAAUAAAGCUUCUCCCAGAGGUAUUUCUCCCUCUGCUCACUUCCAA